AGCGCGCAGCUCCCGCGGCCCGGCUCGCUCUGCGGGAAUGUGGGCUGGAGUGGUCCAGCUGCGGGGCCGAGGUGCAGCGAGCCACAGGGUCGAUCCGUAGCGCCAUGGCCUGCAUCCUCAAGAGGAAGCCGGUGCUUGCUGUGAGCUUCAUAGCCCUGUGCAUCUUGCUGCUGGCCAUGCGCCUUGUCAAUGACGUGACCGUCCCUUUGCUCCUGAACUGCUUUGGACAGCCUAAGACCAAAUGGAUCCCUCUGCCCUACACAUUCAGGCAGCCUCUGCGAACUCACUAUGGAUACAUAAAUGUGAGGACCCAAGAGCCUUUGCAACUGAACUGUAACCAUUGUGCUGUUGUGUCAAAUUCAGGCCAGAUGGUUGGGCAGAAGGUGGGGGAAGAGAUAGACCACGCAUCCUGCAUCUGGAGAAUGAACAAUGCCCCCACCAAGGGUUUUGAGGAAGAUGUCGGCUACAUGACAAUGGUCCGCGUUGUGUCACAUACCAGUGUCCCUCUCUUGCUGAAAAAUCCCGACUAUUUUUUCAAGGAAGCAAGCACAACCAUUUACGUCAUCUGGGGCCCUUUCCGCAACAUGAGGAAGGAUGGUAAUGGCAUUGUGUACAACAUGUUAAAGAAGACAGUCGAUGCCUAUCCGAAUGCGCAGAUCUAUGUGACCACAGAGCAGCAGAUGACUCACUGUGAUAGAGUGUUUAAGGAUGAGACUGGGAAGGACAGAGUGCAGUCUGGCUCCUACCUCAGCACCGGGUGGUUUACCUUUAUCCUGGCCCUGGAUGCCUGUUACAGUAUCCACGUCUACGGGAUGAUAAACGAAACCUACUGCAAGACAGAAGGGUAUAGAAAAGUCCCCUAUCAUUACUAUGAACAAGGGAAGGAUGAGUGCAACGAGUAUCUUCUCCACGAACACGCCCCGUACGGGGGACACAGGUUCAUCACCGAGAAGAAAGUGUUUGCCAAGUGGGCCAAGAAGCACAGAAUAGUAUUUACACACCCAAACUGGACGCUGUCCUGAUGCCGUUCUUCCCGACCAUGACACUGCAGCCGUGGUGAACAGAGGCUGAUGGUGACGGUGUGGGCGGGAUGCUCCUGGUGACCGUGGUCCCGGACAUUCCCUGGUGUGGAUACUGACUCUGCUAGUAAUUUGAACUUGGCAUUCUGUGGGAGGGGGUCAUGUUCAUUCUGAUCUUUCUAGUGGUUCAGCACUACGAAUUGCACUUUAAAACUCACCUACAAUUGAAAUGAAGGCCAGAGAUCUGAAGAAGGCUGUGACUAAAGAAAACACGAAGAUUACCUUUCAAGAUAGCUGCUCAGAAUUCUUUUCACAGAGGCUUCCAGAAGUGACAGUUCAUCCUGCUUAGACAAGGUUCAUGAGUGCACGGGCUGCUUCCCACCCAUCUUGGGAAAUGGUGGACUACCCAACACUGUCCCAAGUCAUUCUGUCAGGGCUUAGAUGUCUUGCCACCGUUACCAGUGAGCCUGAUAGAGGGGAGGUAUCUCUUUCUGAUAUGCUAUCUUCCUUCCAUAUAUCUCUCAGCAAAAGCCUCAGGCCUCCUACCUAAAUGUAGCAGUGAAGGCAUUCUGUAAUUCCUGCCUCUCAGGAUUACUUAACUAUCUCAGAGACUUAAUUCAAAACGUAUCAAGUAGCAAAUAUUGACAAAUUUUUCACUCAGACAGCUGUGCUACUCAAAACAAUAUAACUAAACAUAUUAUUACAGUUACCUACAUUAAUGUUUAGUUAUUUUUGGUUGAGUACUAAAUAUUAACAUGUUACUAUACUUCAACACUGUAAUAACACAUACUGUGAAAGCAUUUCUUGAACAUAACCAAAGGGUUCCUCUGUCUGCUUCAACACUCAAUAUCAACCAAUGAGAUGCUUUUUGAAAUCACAAAACAGGGAAAGCAAGACAUAUUUUUGCAUCAAUUUGUAUCCUAUCAUAUUCAUAAUAUAUAUUUUUAAAUUCAAAUUUCUAUUUUAUAAGCUGAAGGUGUAUCUCUCCAUAAACAUUACCAAUGCCCAGUGCCAAAUGUUAGACACAGAACAUUCUUUAUAGCAUCAAGCCCAGCCCGAGCUUUCGCCUUCUUGGGGCUGAUCGUCCCUUAGCUUCUCAGAUGUUCUGCUAGAACAGUAAAGUGGUGACGAGCUUAACUCCCAAAGUGCUUCGCUUUGCUUCACAUAUGCUUUGUACCGUGCAACACCCACGGUCACCUCACUGGACUACUGCCUGCACACUGCCAUCCCCAGCAGCUGAUCCGCAGUGUUAGCCGUGUUCAUGUGUCCCAGGUCGCUCUGCUUCAGAACAUAUGUAUAGGAUAGCAUUUGUGUAAAUCAGUAAAUGAUUGGGUUCUCUGCCAGAUGCAGCAUGGCAUGCCGAGAUUAUGCAAGAUGACCACAAGGAAGGCCGUAUCAUAUAUCAGUACCCUACAAGCUUAGAUACUUUUGAUGUUUUUGUUUCUGUCAUUGGCUCUGCUCUGUUCCAGGGCCCGGGGACAAUGGAUAGGAAUGGAAGCAGAGAAAUACAGUUUUCCAGUCUAGGCCUGAGACAGCUUCCUUCUCUGUAGAAAAAUGAUCCUUAAAUAUUAGAGGUUGAUUUUUCUGAGACAGUAUCAAGCAUCCAUAAACAUCUUGGCACAGUGAUUCGAAAGCUAAAACCAGGCUGCAUUUAAUGUUUUAGAGCUGGAGAUAACAAUAGACCUCACCUGUAGAACCUUGACAGGGCUUUCCUAGGACUAAGGACCGUGUGAAGUCAUUACGAUGUGCAUCUCUCCUACCCUCUGCCAUCAUUUUGAUAUCCCCCACCCCCACCCCACACCCACACCCACACCCACAAGCAUUACCCAGCCCCAACCACACUACUGGAGAGGACUGGUUAUUCUAUUGUUUGCAUAUGUGAUUUUUUUUUAGUUCUAUGAAUGUUAGAUUUUAGAGCUGAUAGUGGAUCAAAAUGCCCCAUUAAAGGAAAAUAAAUAAUAGCAAUGUUAAAA